AUGUUAUUUACGCGACCGUCGCAGAAACCGACAUUUUCCCAUCAAAAGAACAUAAUCAUUGAAUCAAUCGACAAAGUCAAAAUCGAAGACUAUGCAAAAGCCAUCGGAGAUAUUAUUGGUGCCAAAGAAGUUCGUUUCAUCUCUAGAAUCUCUAACAACCGAGUUUGUAUUUAUGUGUCAACUAAGGAAUUAGCAGAUAAUCUGAUUGAAAAACAAAAAAAUGUCGUAAUCUCAGGUGUAACUCUAAAGAUCAAACCACUGUUCACGCGCAACAAACGAAUAAUUAUCUCAAACGUACAUCCAUUUAUCCCUCAUCAAGUGAUUGAAAAUGCCUUAAUCAGUGAAUACAAAAUCCAACCUGUUUCUAAAAUAUCGUUCCUGAAAGCAGGCAUUGACAAAACAUCCUACGCACAUUGUUACAGCUUACGUCGGCAAGUGUAUAUAAAACCAGAGGAUAUCGACUUAAUGCCAGGCUCGUUCCAAGUGAACCACGAUGGAGUGACCAACUGGAUCUAUUUAUCCAGUGACUCAAUUAAGUGCUUUAUAUGUAAAGAAGAAGGGCAUCAAACAAAAAAUUGUCCCCAAACUAAUGCUGACACCUUCAAGGCCCCCAAAAACCCUCGCUCCUCAGUAACAUCAAUAGAAUCUUCCCUUCCCCCUCCUCCCAACCAGCACACCUUCGAUAGCAAUAAUACAUUCCGAAUCCUCCCUGCCAAACGUUCGCAUUCCAAUAUAGAAACGUCAGCUUCAGGGUCAUCCAUCCAAACUAAUAUAGUACCGAAUAAAAAUAACAAUGCAGUUAAGCAGAUUAGUGAAAAAAGUAAAAGAACCAAAGCCGAGGAAAAUAUUAACAACAAAGAUAAAUUCGACCUGAAUGAAGUAAAAGAAGAAAUCAACAAUAACACCUAUAAAUACCCUCUGACAUACUUACAGUUUCUAAAUUUCUUGGAAAGAGGGUAUAAAGCCACAAACUUAGCAGCUAUCGCUGAUGAAUUUAAAGUUGAACUCAGCAAAAUAUCAGUCAUGAUCAACCUAGUAUACCCACUCAUCUCUAGCCGAGGAACAAAAAAUCGACUGAGUAGAUUUAGGAAGAGAAUACAAAGACCCGAAGAAAUCAUCACUGACUCAGAGGACUCCCAGAGUUUUUCCGAAGAUAACAUGGUAAAUUAA